AUGCCCCCAACUAUCGCCUCUCCGCUCCGCAUGCUCCUCCUCUCCACACCGGAAACACCUCCUUCCUUUCUCAAAGAUGUCUCCCAUUACGAAAUCCGGACGCCCUACUACAAUGCCGCCAUCCCCAUCUGGCGGGACGAACUCCCCACUUCUUCACCCGAACUCGAGGCGUGGAAGGAAGAAUGGCUGGGGCAAGAAGCGGGCGAAGUGGUACAAGCAGUAGGAGCAUGGAUUGUAUGUUUCAGGAAGCCUAAGGAAAAGGCAGAGCUGGAUACAACACGGAAUCUACUAGCCACAAUCCACGAGGUGGUGAGCAAUCACACGAGCUCUGGCUAUGCUACAAGUGAACCUCUGCUGCUGGCAGUGGGCACGCAGCAGACGAUAAGUCCUGGUCUGGAGGUUACUAAUGAGGAAUGGGAGAAUCUUUGCAUGGACUGUGGAUCUUGGGAAUGGAUUGAUGGGGAGCUGGAUUGGAAAGUGGAAUGGAAAGGAGAAGGCAAGAAGGAGAGAAACGAGUUUGGAGGUGAGUCUAGGAUCUCGACCCAGCAGACAAAGAGGAAUUGGUGCAUCUGUGCUGAUUCUGGCGCUUUCCAAAUAGAGAGGAGAGGUAUCGAGCGACUGAAGGAAGCGCUCGAAGCAUGCGAGUGGGAGGGUGUUGAUGUGGACAACAUAUCUGACGACCUGGGAUUGGAGAAUGGCUUUAGCGCCGAGGCAGCGGAAGUAGAGCGAGAAAUGAUGGAGUUGAAAAUGACCGUGAAUGGAGCAGAAGGAUCCGAUGAGGGUGCAGACGAGGGCGUAGAGGAGCUGGAGAACAUGAUGCUGAAAAUGCAGGCGAUCAAAGACAUGGGUGCCGACAUGCCCGAAUCAGAGAGAAAAAAGUUCGCGGCGAAGGCCGUGAGAGAUGUUAUGAGGGCACUUUAG